GGCUCAGGCCCAAUCGCGCAGGGCCCAAGUUAUGCGAGGUUCAAGGGCCAUUUAUUGGCUCCCUAGGCAGUGUCACAGCCAGCUUCCUCUUCCGAUCUGCGUCCUGCGCAAAGCUUGCCCCUGUCCACAACAAUCGAGUGGGAACCCAAAGUCGAUCACGGCAUAUGCAAGACGUUUAAUAAACGUCGGCGCGACCCAAAUGGCGAAACCAUUCUUUCUCUUUUUCUCAACCUCAUUCUUCUCCCCAGGGCGAACCGACUCCCCUGGCUGACUCGCUCCACCGGCCACCAUGAGGUUCCUCACAGGCGUCCUCGCGGCGGGCCUGCUGCUCGCCAACCAUGCCACCGCGGCUUUCAUGCGCGGCAACGCUAUGGACAUCGGCCCCGACGACGAAACCACCAGCGCCGAGAUCCUCCAGAAGCGCGCCGAAACCGUCAACGGCUGGGGCACCUUCGACCAGCUGAUUGACCACGCCAAUCCGUCUCUGGGCACCUUCAAGCAGCGCUACUGGUACGGCACGCAGUACUGGGCCGGGCCCGGGUCGCCCAUCUACCUGGUCACGCCCGGCGAGCAGAGCGGCGAGGGCUUCAACCGCACCUGGCUCGGCAACGCGCGGCUGUCGGGCCUGAUGGCCAACCGGACGGGCGCCGCCGUGGUCAUCCUGGAGCACCGCUACUGGGGCGAGUCAUCCCCUUACCAGGAGCUGACGGUCGCCAACCUGACGCACCUCACGCUCGAGAACUCGCUCAAGGACCACACCUACUUCGCCAAGAACUUUGUGCCGCCCUUCGACACGUCCGGCGCCAGCGCCCCGGACAAGGCGCCGUGGGUGUUCAUUGGUGGGUCGUAUUCCGGCGCGCUGGCCGGGUGGCUUGCGGCGCUGGAGCCGGGCACGUUCUGGGCGUAUUACAGCUCGAGUGGUGUCGUGGAGGCGAUUGGCGAUUUCUGGCAGUACUUUGCGCCCGUGCAGGAGGCGACGCCCAAGAACUGCAGUGCCGAUGUCAAUGCCGUGGUCAACUACGUUGACUUUGUGCUCACGUUUGGCACGGCGAAGCAGAAGAAGGCGCUGAAGGACAAGUUCCUGCUGGGCGAUCUGGAGGAUGCGGACUUUGCUUCGGCGCUUGAGUAUGGGCCAUGGCAGUGGCAGUCUGGCCAGUUCUACUCGGUCAAGAACACAGGCUACACUCCGUUCUACCGCUUCUGCGACUACGUCGAGAACGUCUGGCCCAACUCGACCAACAAGGUGCCCGGUGCCAAGGGCGUCGGCCUGACCAGGGCCUUGGACGGCUACGCUAAGUACAUGAAGGAGGAGAUCAUCCCAGGCAUGUGCGAGUCAUCGGGGUACGCCGAGUGGAGCGGCACGUACAACGUUGGCUGCUUCCAGAACCUCAACGCCUCCAACGUCGCCUACAAGGACCUGACGCCGGGCAACUACAUCAACCGGCAGUGGAUCUGGAUGCUGUGCAACGAGCCGUUCGAGUGGUGGCAGGACGGCGCGCCGCUGGGGCGACCGACGCUGGUGUCCCGCCUCGUCAACGCCAACUACUUCCGCAAGCAGUGCCCGCUGCUCUUCCCCGAGGGCAACUUCGGCAUCGCCAAGGGCGAGCGCGCCCAGGACGUCAACCGCUGGACCGGCGGGUGGAACGCGCUCAACACCACCCGCGCCAUGCACACCAACGGCGAGUGGGACCCCUGGCGCGACGCGACCCUGUCGAGCAAGUUCCGCCCCGGCGGGCCCGUCAAGAGCACCAAGCAGCUGCCCGUGCGGCUGGUCAAAGGCGGCACGCACUGCUCGGAUCUGUACGGGCCGAACUGGGAGGUGAAUGGCGGUGUCAAGCAACUGGCGCUGGAUGCGGUGGAGAAUAUGGCCGAGUGGGUGGGCGAGUUUUAUGAGGAGAAGGGGAGGGAGAAGCCGUGGGCGGUGUAAAUGGGGUAAGGGGGUGAGAGAUGGUUGCUUACAAGCCUGAAUUUAAAGGGAACGUGAAGGGAAGAAAGA